AUGGGAGAAACAAUUGAUGAAGGGAAGAAGGAAGAAGAAAAAGAGAAUAAAGAUGAAGGCAAAGAGGAAGACACAAAUGUUGAAGAGAAGAAAGAAGAAAAACAAGAUGAAGAAAAGCAUGACGAGGAGGGUGAUGAAGUACUCGAUUAUUCAAAUGUGGAGGUGCCAUCUUCCUUACAAUCCCUUUGUGGUUAUGUGGAAACUACACUAAAGCCACAGGGGAAGAUCAUGACCUUCAACAUUGAGAAGGAGGUGUUUGGUGCAGAUCGAAGUACCUUCGUCUUGCAUGAAGAUAUUACACAAUUUGCAGGCAUGGAAGAAAUUGGGGCUACUGUGGUUGCAGUAUAUAUGAGGUGCUUAUAUGAUCUUUUGAGAGAAGCAAAUAUGUGCAGCAUGGUUGGCUUUAUCGACCCUGCUCAAGUUAGUGCCAACGCUGGGUCACUAACUGACAGAUCACGAAUUGUAGCCAGUCGACUUCAGAAAACAGAUGGUGAACAGAUUUUCAUGAUGCCUUACAAUCCAGGCCGUCAUUGGGUCUUGCUGAUUGUGAGGGCAAAGAGGGAAACCGUCUAUUUUCUGGAUCCUCUGCCUGGAAAUCGUGUGGUGGAUGAGGAGGGCAAAAACAUCGUGAACAGUGCUUUAAAAAUUUAUAAUUCCCACAUAGGCAGACCAGGCCGUAAAGCACCAAUUUGGAAAACUCUGCCAGGCACACCAAAGCAACCCAGCAGUGUCGAAUGCGGGUAUUAUGUCAUGCGCUUCAUGAGGGACAUCAUCAUGGAUCCUUCCUUGGAGUUUGAGAAGAAGUUUGCCAAGGGAAAAGAUCAAGCGCCAUACCCCCAAGCAGCCAUUGAUGAAGUCAGGAAAGAAUGGGCAGAGUUUGUUUGCCUUCAUAUGGAUUAG